UUCUAUCACUCUCUCUCUCUCUCUAGUUUACAACCUUUUCACGUGUCUCUCAUUUUCAUACUUCUCUUCUCCUUUCUUCACUCUGUUUGUUUCCUAGCAAAAGAAAAAAAUAACUCAAUUCUGUUUUUUUAAUUAUUAUUACAAACUUGUUCUUAGGGGCGGUGGUUGAUGUUUCUUUGUGGAGUUGUCUUCACAUAAAAAAUCUAACUUUGUUUGAAGGAUUGAAGCAUAGAUUAGAAAAGAAAAAAAAAUGGAAGGAAACAAGCAAGUUGGUUCUUCAUCUUCUUUCACUUCUGAACUCUUUGGUUCCAAUGACUUACAUCCAUCUUCUUCUUCUGGAAUUUUUGACUCUAUUUUUUCUCCAUCUCCUAAAGUGUUUGGAAGAGAGUCUCUGAACUCUGCACUGAAUGGGAAAACUGUCACUGAGGGAUUGAACUCCAAAAUUGACUACAUAAGUAAGGGAAGUGAUGGUGAAAAUCAGAAGAAGACAGCAUAUAAGGAUAUGAGUUCUAUUUAUCAAGAACAAAGAGUUCAACCAUGUCACCUUAGUUCAUCGAUCUAUUAUGGUGGCCAGGACAUAUAUUCUCAUCCUCAGAGUACACGAGAUUCGGGAUUGAACACUAUGUACAAGAAGGAUGGGGGAGAGGAUGAUUCAGGAAGUGCCUCAAGAGGAAACUGGUGGCAAGGAUCUCUCUAUUAUUAAAAAGAGUAUACUUGUCAAGGGAUAUGCUCCUCAAGGUUAAAUAGGAGGAUAGUGUGACAGUGUUGUCCAUCUUUUGUAACAUGGAAACGUUGUACUGUAGUUAUAAAUAAUGCUGUGGAUGGUUGGUUGCUUUCUCAAGCCAUACAACAGAAUCAUAAUAUGGACCUAUAGUUAUAAGUAUAUAUUUUUCAUUUUCCUGUACAGAAUAUGGUACUCUAUGAUGGUAAUGUAUAAGUUAUAUGAUAUAGAAAUAUGUAUCAUCAGCUACUUUUAUGUCGCUGAAAUGGGAGAAACUCUAUUUUUAGUGGUUUCCCCUCUAUGUAAUAUGUAUUUCAUAUGUAGUGACUGAAGCCUCUGGCUGAACUGAAAUAAUGUGUUUUAUGAAUAUAAUUCCUACUAGUUUAUACUCUGUA